UAAGAUAACUCGUAAAUUCGUAACAAAUCACCGACUUAUAUUAUAAUAUAAUGAAAUGUAAUUCGAGUGUUAUUAUACCGUAAUUAUAAUAAUUGUUGUUAAUUGUAAAUAGUUAGAUACACCGAUAUACGUCAAUAGUGACAAUGACUAGUGUUGUAAUCGACCAAUUCGUGUUGUACGGUCUCUAGUCGGUUUCCUGCACGACGCUUCGGGUAAUUGUUAUGGAGCAAAAUGAAAGACAUCCUCGACCUGUUGACAGAUGACAGGAUUGUUAACUAUGGCCUAGUGGCCAUUAGCUGUGUACUUCUGUUCAAUUUAUUUGUAUGGGGAUGUUUGAGUUUCAUCAUUGUUAUUAUUGCGAUCGCUUGUGGAUAUUACAUGUUUGAUUAUGCCCUUAAAUACCAAAAUUUAAAUACCACCUCUGGAUCAGAGAAUAUAUUUGAUAAGACUAAAAUAUAUAAGUGUAAUAAUUGCAAAAACUGUAUUUCAUCUGAGAUACAUUUAAAAUGUCUAAAUCAAGAAACACCAUGGAAAGGAUUAUUAAUACCGGAACAAAUUGAUUCUUCAAUAGAUAAAUUAUUAUCAAAAAUCAUAAAGGUAUAUAUAGAAAAUUGGUAUGAUAAUAUUUCAAAUGAUCCACAUUUUAUAAAGGAAAUUAAGCAAGUUAUACGAUUUGCAACAAGUGUAUUGCUUAAAAGAUUUUUACAAUUGGAUUUAGAAGAUAUUGUGCUGUAUAAAGUAAUUCCAAUAUGUUUAUCCCAUAUAAGGCACUGCCAAAGAAUGGAAAAGGGUGAAACAAUUGCAUAUCAUUAUGCCAUCAGUAAUCGUAAAGUUGAGAUUAUGUACCUUAAAAAAGUAUCUUCAAGUUUACUGCCAUUCAUAAUACGACAAACUGAUCUUCAAUGCACGAUAUUUUAUACUUUAGUGCGAGAACUUAUUUCACUUUGGGUAUUAUUACCAAUAUCUGAUGUAAUAUGUAACCCAACCAACAUUGCUUUUACUUGGUCAAAAUUAUCUAAAUCAUCACUUAUUUCAACAAAUGCAACAUGUAAAGAUAAACGAGUUGAAUUUUUAUCAAAGUUUAUAGCUGAAAAUCAAAAUGAUCCUGUACAACUUGAAAUGCGUAGUAUAUUUAAAGAUUCAACUAUUUUAUCUGCAUUUACAGCUUUUUUGAAACGAAAAGGUGCUGUGCAUUUGUUACAAUUUUGUUUAGAUGUUGAUCAGUUUAACAAGCGCAUGUUAAAACCGGAAAUAUCAUCUCAAGAACUUGACAUGCUUUAUCGAGAUGCUUGGGAUAUUUUUUCUGUAUAUUUUAGUUCCCAUUCACCAGAUUGCAUAAGUUUUGAUCCUGAGUUAGUCAGUCAACUAAGAAAAGUUUUAUCCAAGGAUGUUAUUAAACUUCAAAAUUCAAAACCACUAUAUCAAGCCUAUGAACAAACAUAUUCUAUCUUACAAAAUAGUUACUGGACAGAGUUUCAUAAUUCUGAUGAAUAUUUUUCUUGGAUAUGUGGACCACGUAAUAUUCCAGAGGCUGGUUCAUCACAAGAAUCGUCAAAUAAUGAAAAAAAAAAUCAUGCUUCUAAGCUUAGUCGCAAAUUAAAUAGGAUUAAAGGAGCUAUGAAGUCAAGUACUAUUUAUGAUGGUCAAUUUGAUUCUUUAUCUUCUGAAUGUGAUCCAGAGUAUGGAGAAGAUCUAUCUGUUGAUAGCGAAAUCAUUAAUGGUGAAAGAGAUUUAAGCACUUGGAAGGUAACUGAUGUAACAUCAGCUAUGAAGUUGGAAUCUGGAUCCAACGGUGGUCAAUCAUUGGUAUUUUUUAUUACAGUAGAGACUGUUAAGAAUGAUUUAAUCAAACAAUGGUGUGUAGAAAGAAGACUUGCUGACUUUUACACAUUAAAAUCAAAACUAACUGAAUUUCAUGGAGUAUUUGUGGAUGCUCGAUUACCUUCAAGAAGAAUUUUAUUACAAAAAACAGAAAAUAAUGACAUAUAUAUGCAGUUUCUCAAUCAACUAUUACAGAAACCUGAGCUUAGGGGAUCUGAUUUAUUGCAUAUAUUUUUAACAUCCAUAGACAAUUUUGAAGAUUCUGAAUCAGCCAUUGGUAGAUUGUUAAGGAAAUCUAUGCCGAUGGCUUUGAGAAAAGAACGUGGACAAAAUUUAGAAUCUUUCAUUUCUAUUUUUAUGGCUUCAAUCGAAACUAAAUUAAAACAAAGGUAUGAAUGGAAAGAUUUAAGUGAACAUCCUCCUGAAAGGAAAUUUAAAAUUGCUGAAAAUCCCAUUUUUGGUAAUAACUUAAAUGUAAUUAAAGACGAAAACCAAACAACAUUAGAAGAAAUAUCAGAACAAAUAAAAUUUCCCUACACCCCAAUUAACUGCAUAAUUUUUUUUGGAGUACAUGUAUACAAUAUGUCAAAUGCUGUUGUCCGAUUAAUUUUGGCUAUACAAUCAAUAUGUGGUAAUAUUGUUGAUUCUAUUAUACAGCGCUACAUCAGUCUUCGUAUCGUAAGAUCGAUUACCCCCUCUAAAAUUUCAAACGUAAUCGAACUAUUAGAAAAUCUUCUAUUUCCCGGUGAUGAUGCACCACAAAAGACUGAUCAUCAAAUUUCAGCUGAACAUUUAAAACUAUUGAAUAGUUCAGUUUUUUUUCCACUGUAUAUGUGUUUGUAUCAAUGUACACAAAAUUCGGUGAUGAAUAAACAAUUAUUCUACAGACUUUUAGAUGUUUUACUCGCGGAAAUGUUUCCAGAACUACGAACACAACUUAACGAACAAUUAUGAUGAUAAAACUUCAUUGCUGUGAUAAUAUUAAGUGAUACAUUCCUUAAUGUCAAAAUAAGGUAUAUACUUUAUUUGCUUUAUAGUUGUUUAAUAGUUUUAAAAGCCUAAUUACUUGAAUUUUCAUGCUUGUUUGACUAAAUUAUUGUUAUUUUGAUUUAUUUAUAGAAUAUUUUUAAACUAAAUUAGAAGUAAAAGUUUUAUUACACUGACAAAAAAUUGAUAAUACAAUUUGACAGAGUAAUUCAUCUAAUCUUUGAAUGAAUAUUAUUAUUAAUUACAAAACAAGUAUUAUUAAAAUAAUAUUAACAUUUGUGCAUACUUGUAUAUUUAAUGAUAAAACUAUCAAUCAUAAAGCAUACAUUUAACAUUACUUUAAGUUCUUUUUAAAAGAAACCUUAUAAGUUAUAGGUCUUAAAUAAUGUAAAAACUUAAUUCAGCAAUUUGUUGUAGUUUUUUUAUUUCAAUAUCAUAAAAAUAAAAUUUUAAAUUGAAUAACAUGGUAGUUGGUAGAUUUAAAUAAAGCUCACAUAGUGUCACUUUACAAUCCAUUUUAUAGAAAAUAAAUUUAAAUUAGCGUUGUCAAAUGUAUAUUAAAAUAUGUGUAUACAUAAAUAUUUAAUUUUAGUUAGACAAAUCAUUACUUAAUCAUUGUAAAUUAAUAUAAUAGCUUAUAAACAUUAUCCAUGUAGGUUCAUAUAUAAUUAUAUAUACAUGUAUAGAUUAUUGAAAAUAUAUUAUAAAUAUUAUAAAAAUAAUUUAAAACUAAUACCAACAUUUAAGUGAAUAACAAUAAAUGUUUAUGUUGUAUCUUCCCCAAACAAAUGAUGAAGUUGUUACUUAGGUAUUUGCCCAAAAUUAUGUGUGUUGAAACAUUAAUGUUUCAAAAACUAUCAACAUACACGAAACAAUAUGUCAGAAACGCAAUAAGAUAAUUUCUUUAGAAAAAAAACUUAUUAGUUGUACUAUACUUCAAAAAAUCUGAAGUCAUAUACACAAAAAUAGGUACAUUAAAAUGCUGUUUAUAAACAAUUAAAAAUAUUAUAAUGUUAAUAAUAAUUUUUAAUUUAGUUAGUUUUAGUAUCUAUAAUUUUAAAAAAAGGUUAAAUAUUUUAAAAUGUACCAAAAACAUUUUCAGCAGUUAAUUAUUAUUUAGAUACAAAUGUUCCUAAACUUAAAAACAUUUAUUUAAAUAUGGCUUUAAAAACAUUAUCCUAAAAAUGAAUAACCUUAUUAACUAAUAUAUAAUAGAAUUUAUCACUAGAAUAAAUGUUUUUGUUAGAUAAUGGCAUGAUGUUAUAGUUUUGUUUUUGACAGAUAAUAGAUUUAUUUUUUAUAAAAUAGUAUUUUGAAAUAAAAUAAAAAUAAUAAUCCAGCUUAUGAUGUAAUUAUUAUGUAAACACGUAAAUUAUACCUCAAUAUGCUUAAAGUGGUUGUAUUAUUACUUAUUAUAUAAGAAAUAUUUAAAAAUGUUAAUAUUAUAUAUUAUUUGAAUACUUGCAAGUUUCUGAUACAAAAACAAAAUAAAACUUGGUUGAUUUUAGUACCGAAACACAAACUAUUUAAAACAUUGUACUAUAACUAAAUAAUUUUAAUUUUAACAACAUCAGUAGGUAAUAAUAAAGGUUGUAACUUGCAGUAUAUUAUAAUUUCAAUUGUAUUGCUUUGUAACUUUAAAAAUCAGAUUUAAUUGAAAAAAUAAUUUAUGCUAUUUAAGCCACUUUAUUUUUUUCAUUUAAGGUACAGUUUUAAAACUGUGAUUAGUCCUCGCAGCUUGUUACACAAACCGUACCUUUAGUCAAAUUUUUGUCUUGAAUAAUUUUAAAAAUACUACAUUCAUACUAAUAUAUAUUAUAUAUUCUAUGUUAUAGAAAAAAAAUUACAAAAUAUAUUAUUACACAAUAUUAACUUAUUUUUAGAAAAUAAACUUAACCAGUAAAACAUAAAUAAAUAAUAAUAUAUUUUUUUAUUGCUCACAAUAAUAUUACUAUGAUGUGCAUUAUUGAAUAAAAUAUCUUUAAGUAUUUCUUAUACAAAUAAACCAUAAUUUUGGACAUAUCUAAAAUGUGAAAUAUAUAAAUAUAUGUUUAAAUAUUCUAUUAAGUAAAUUAUAAAAAUAAUAACUUAUUUUAUAAAUUGUGAACAAAAAUUAAAUAUAAUUAAAGCAUUUACAAUUUAUACAAUAUACAUAUUGUGGGGUACACCCAAUCAAACUACUUCAAAGCCUACUGAACAGCAUAGGGGACAUAUUUAGAAUAAGUGGUAGAAAUUUCAAUAGUCCCAUUUCCCAAAUUAAAUCUAUAUUUUAACCCGGGUGCAAACCACAUUACUCGCCCCAAAAAGUCAGCCUAUGCUCAACAGUUGUCUUAAAAUAUGUGAUUAAUCAUCUUGCAAUUAAAAUAUGUUGCUAUAUAUUAUCUUAGUUGUUCCAAAGCACAGCCAUCUAAUUAAUUAUUAAUGAUUACAUUUUUACAAUAUUUUAUAAGUAAUCAAACAAUUGAUUUAAUAUUCUACUGAAUAGUGUUUACAUAAUAAAGCAUAUUUAAUAAAGUAAUAUCAAAUUGGUUAAAAUUAUUUUUACCUAGUAUUAGCUACAUGCAGAUUUAAUGAUAUAUAUAAACAUUUAUUUAGCAUAUUUAAAAUAGUUGUUUAUAUAUGUAACUGAAAACUAAAAAGACACUAAUAUUUAAGAAUUUAUUAUUUAUUUAUUUAUUUUGUUAGUUAAAAAUGUAGGGAUAAUGUAUACAUUUGUAUCAAAUAUUCAUUUCACAAUUUUUUUCAUUUUGCAUAUUAUAUUAACUUUUUUGUUAUAUCAUUGUUUUAAUUUUAUUUACUGCUAAAUUAUAAAUAGCUAUAUAUAGCAUUAUAUAAUGCUAUAUAUAUCUAUAUAUAGCAUUGUUUUAAAUUUAAAUAAAAUUUGUCAAUUUAAUUUGAUAAUUCAAGUCAGCAAAUACGUCAAUUAUAGCUUGUAUUAAUUAUUUUUAUUAAAUACAUAGUUGGGUAUAUUAUAAUAUAUUCACUUUUCCUGCAUUUCAAAAUGAUAAUUCUUGAAAAUGUUAAUGCCUUUACUAAUUUAAUUAAAAUUGUUUACGUUUAUGAAAACCUGAUUCGUACACAUUUUUUUCAGAAAUCUUACAAUCUUUUAAAAUAUUUACCAAUUUAAUUUUGACGAUCUCUAAGAUCUUAAGAACAAAAUAAUGUCUUAAUUUAUCGGUCUUGACUCAACUUGAAAUUUUGUUGUCAUAAUUACAAUUUUGGGGCCAGCAAUACUUUGAAUUAUUUUUAGUUUUAUUGUUCUAUUUAUUAUAUUUUAAGUAUAAGAACAAAACCUUUGAUCCAGUAACUCUUAAAACAAAAUAUUUCAGCUUUGUGAUACUAUUAAUUUGUCAUUUUUCCCUUUUUUAUAAUGACUGUAUACCAUAACUGUCUGAAACUGUUAAGGUUCAUACACCUAAGAGCUGAAACCAACAAUAUUCAUUUUGCUUUAUGAUUUUAUUAUACUUAUAAAAUUAUUAAAGACCCGAAUUAAUCUUAUACCUAAAUAAAUAAAAAUUCACAAAUAUCUUUUUCAUAUUAAGAUCAUUGCUCAAUGUGUAAAAAUUUCAAAAACUCUAAGUACCUAAAUUUAAAAAGUAUAGAUAGUCCAUUCCUAGGUAUUUAAAAAAAAAUUUUUUCUGUCAUCAGUUUUAACUAAAGUAUAAUAUGAAAUUUAAUGCUGUUUAAAUUGUUUCACAGUAUAUAUCCAUAUUAUGUGUAUUUAUAUUUCCAUAAUACUGUGAAAAUCUAAAAAUAAUGGUUUAACUGACUUAAUAUUUUGUUCUAACACUUUUAUCCAUAAAGUAAGAAUAUUUUUUCAAAAAUUUCAUAUGAUACUAUCAAUUCAACCCAACUUAUAUUUCACUGCAGCAAUAUGUAUUUUAAUUUUUUUUUAACUUCUUAUAUUGUUAAGAAUUUUAUUAAAAUAUUUUUUAAUGAGUACAUAAUUCAAAGACUAUAUUAAUAUGUCUAAAACAUUUGAUUGAAUUAAUUUAUCUAUCAACGAUUAUAAUAAGAUACAAAGAACUAAUUGACAAAAUAUUGUUGUACGAGUUAGGUACAUGAACUUAAACAAAAUAUGACUAUGUAUAUAAUAACUACCAACUUGAUUUGAUCAAAAUUUAAUUGAACUUACUAUUUAAUGUUUACUAUAACAUUAUAAAGACCAGAUCAAAUUGGUGAUAAAGAUUUUUUCAAUAUGCUAUUAUUUAGCCUUAAAUGCCUUUAAAUAUUAAUGCUUUUUGUAUCUGUUUGAUUUAAUGACAGCAUUAAUAUUGUCUAUGCACAAUCAUUACUGUAAACUUAAUAUUAUUCCAGUAACUUAAUUUUAUGUUUUCAAAAUUAAUUUGAAAAAAAAAAUUUAUAUUUACCCAGAUAAGUAAUAAAAAAUCCCUGGAUUUUUGUGUUUAUUAAAUUAUUAUGAACAAUAUGUCAAGAUAUAUAUAAACAGUUGAAUUCCAAUGUUUUCAUAAUCAUAAAUCAAAUACUCAAAUGUAAUUAAAAGCUAUGUUAAAGUCUAUCCAACAAUCCGUUCAAAAUAAUCAUACAAGCUUUAAUAUUUUAAUUUAUUUUCCACAUAAAUGUUAAAAUUAUAUUGCUGAUUUAUUAUUUUUGUUUGUGGUCAUUUAAUGUUGUUAAUCGUACACUUAUGUAUAUUAAUAACAGAAAUAAAUUAUAAUAUUAAAAUUAAAACCAAUUAUGUAUGUAUUUUCAUUUAAUUUCUGCAUUAAGAAAUAUUAUAAUUAAUUCUUGUAUUAUUAUUUAUUUCUUAUUAUGUAUAUGUUACACAUGAUAUCCAUAUUAUAUGUUAAUAUUAUGGAAACGACUACGAUUAAGUAUUAUAAUUUAUAAGUUAAAUAAUAUUAUAUUGUAUAUUGGGCUAUUCAAUAAUAAUACAUAAUAUAUAUAUUAUAUGAAUGUAAUACAUGUACAACUCAUAGUUACCAUUUUGAAACGACAUUUAUAAUGUAUAUUAAUUUCGUAGAUUUAAUGCCAAACAAACCCAUUAUAAUAAUAUAGGCCCAAGUGAUAUAAUAUUCUAUAUUUAUAAUACCAUAUACAUAUUAUGUAACAAACUGUAAGCAAAUAAACUUAAUAUUUAAUGAAUAUAUUCCUACAUAAUAUGAUGUACUGUAAUAUUAUGG